CACAGCCUUGUAAAAUGGCGGCGGCCAAUGACGCUAUGGUUGUAACUUGCACAAAUAAUUCGGAUUACGCCGUCAUAUGCUCCUUUUUCGAACAGUUUGGUGACAAAUCUGGAUUGUUAUUUCCAUCUUUUCACGAUCUGCAACAAAUGCUCGAAAAUGUUGAAGAAGUUUCAUAUCCACUUGUUGAAUUGCAUGUCAAACUAAUGAGAAAAUUAAAGAAAUCAGUGAAUUUUGACCGAUGGGAAAAGGCAGCUGCCAAAUAUGCUCAUUCGUAUUCUGAUCAAGAUGGAUGGGAGAUUGAAAGGUUUGGCUACAAAAAGCUAAAUCUAGCGGUAAAAUUAAGAUUGCUCAAGAACUUACUUGAAGCCCAGUUCGAUGGCAAUAUUAAAUUCAAAAAUGAAAUCAAUAAAGUAACAAGUGAUGAAUUAAGGUUGCAACCUCUUGGCAAGGACAUUCAAGGACGCCGCUACUGGCAUCAACUUGAUGAUGACUGUAAUUUGAGAGUAUACCGUGAAGAUCUAGAUGAAGAAACAUGGGAUCUUGUAUCAAGUGACAAAGAAAGCAUGUUGAAAUUAAUUGGACAGCUUAGUUCCGACAACGGGCUUCAAGAAGAUGAAGGCACAUCACCAGCCACAUCUGAAGAAAACAGUGCUAAUGGCCAAGAGGAAGAUAUUAAAGUUGAUUCUGAAAACAGAGUGGAACAAUUGACUGACGGUCCUAGUGAAACAAAGAGGUUAAAAGUUGAAACCGUUAAAGAUCCAGUGGUUCCAGAAUCAAAACAGGAAUCGAUUGUUAGCGAAGCCAUCGAAAGUCCCGUACUUCUUGUGACAGGUGAAGGAAAUGGAGCAGAUUGCGAUACGGGUAAUCCUGGUGAAAGUAAAGGCGAAGAAUCAUGUGAGUCUCACAAUUUAAACAGUAAAAAAGAACAAUUAGACGAUACAAGUGCGAUUGACUGCGAGUCCAAUAAACUAAAGUCUUGUGCCGAAUCAAGUGAAGCGGUGAUUACUUCACAACUAAACUCUGAACUCCCCGAUUCCGUGCCCGACAGUGCUUGCCACUCUCUGACAUUGAGUUCCGUCCGGGAUAAUUUGAAAGAUACGUCCCCAGAAGAAAUUGAUAACACGAGUAGUGCUGCAUCAAAUAACGUCAAAGAACAACCAGAUUCUGAGGAUUGUCCUGCAAAUCCAAGUGCUGCAAAUUCUGAUAAGGAAGAAAUUACUUUGGAUUCACCUUCAAGAAAAAGUGUAUCAACAGUGGAAAAUUCUCUGAUAAAUGACGUAGAAAUAAAAAAAGAGGCAGACUUGGAUGAGAAAUCAAUAUGUCUUGCUCCUGAGGAUAUUAAGUCUAACAGUAUUGAGCAACCAUCUACCGAGGUAGAAGGUUUUCCUAAAAACCAAGAAUGCACCAAACCAUCAGAAGAUGAAGCUAUUAUAAAGGCAGAACAUGUAGACAAACCUGCUGAAGUUGACGUCUCGAAUCCUUACGAACCUGCUGUUCCUAAAACUACUACUGAGAAUUCCAUGUUAACACAUAAUCAAGAGCUUCCAAAACCUGAUUUUUUUUCAGUAGAUGUGAAACUAGAUCCUGUACAACUCAAGUCAGCAAUUACAGCGGAUUCUGUCGAAUUUUCCAAUGAUACUGUUUCCAGUGAUCAACAUCCAUCAACCUCCUAUGUCACUGACGAAGAAACUGUGUUGCCUCCGGUGUGUUUGCCAAUUAUUCGGGCGGAAUUACAAGAAACGAAGCAAAUCGUCGAACCUGUUUCGAUACCGGCUGAUUCUACUUUAAUACAAGAGAAUUCAUCUAAAAUUGACGAAUCUCAUCCAGAACAAAGGAAAGAACUUAAAGACAAAUGUUUAGACGAUGUAAAUUAUAAAAUAGCGGAAAAUGCGAUUACUGUCGAAUUGGAGGCAGAACGAAGUAAUCUAUCGCCAUGUGAAUCUCCCGCCAAAAUUGAAGUUAAGGACGAGGAAGUAUUGCCGGAGAUCGAUGAUUCCAACUCUCUUAACCAAAGAAUUGAACCGAAAAUCACCUCAACGCCCGAGCUGAGUAAUGACUUGCUAAAAGACAACCAAGAGACAGAAAUUAGUUUGAAUACCCUUAAUUCGCCUAGUGCAACAUUUUCAGCAUCCCCCGUCCCCUUAACAUCGGAAGCAACUCAUGCUGUUUCAGAUUCUCCAACGGACUGUAAUUCGCCGUCUAGAUCACAAGGGAAAAUGCAAUGUUCUGAAGAUGGUCCUGCCAUGGAAGACAUCAAGAAGCAUAUGGAUAAAGAUGAAAUUAACGCAAUAAUCUCUCAGCCUGCUGCUGAAAGUGAAGUGGCAGAAGGAUUCAGUAUUCCUGAUCCUACCACUGGUUAUGAGCAGUCUUCCCAAAUGACUAGUGCUUCUCCAGAAGUGGCCAUUAAAGCUAAUUCUGCUGUAGUACCCGAUGAUGAGAAAGACACUAAUGCCAACAAAGACAAUUCUGCUGUAUUACCCGAUGUUGAGAAAGACUCCGAGGCCAUUAAAGCAAAUCCUGCUUUAGUACCCCAUGUUGAGAAAGACUCGGAGGUACCGUCUUGUGCUGAUCCCAUCAACAAAAGUGUUUCUGAAGAGCCUGCUGUGUGUACAGACUCAGAGCCUUCAAUAGAAAAAACUAACGAUGCGUCGACUCUUAAUUCAUCCAAGGCCCAGAAUGAAGUUCUAGAUAAUGUUGAAAAAAACGAACAGAUCACACCGGAACUCGAUGUAUCUAAUCCAACCAAGGAAAGCAAUUCUACAAUUGUAGAAGAGAAGCUGAUUUCAGUCCAGGAUGAAAUUGUAUCAAAUUGUGUACAAGAGAUUCCAGAAAAAGAAGAACUAGUGGAAAUUAAAGACUCAACUAAUUCUGUAAAUGAACCAAAUUCAGCCUCACUACUUAUCGCAAAAGACUACUCAAUUCCAGAUAUACCGGUGAAGAACGUGAGUACAAGUGAAGAAACAGUGUCGACAAUGUGCGAAAAAGAAGGUUCUUCAGACAUUUUAACAGCUCCUGCAAAAGAGAAUUUAAUUACAGCUCUUGAAGAACCUGAAUCAGACGAAAUUCCGUUGGUUUUACAGAGCACACUGAAAGCGAUACAAUCCGAGGGAAUUUCAGAAGCGGAAGAUAAGAAGAAAAUUCUCGCAAUCCCAGCUCAAGAAGAUCCAGUUUCAAAGCAACCCAAACUUGAAACUAAUUCGGUUUCGCAGAAGGUGGAAGUAAACGAAAUAAAACUUGUAGAAGUUUUGGUGGAACGUCUUGAAGCUAAAGAGAAAAUCCCAGAAGCUUCUACUGGAGUGAUUGCGGAUCAACAAGAACUUGCAAACGAUCCAAUUCUGUCUGUUUCGCCAAAAAACGAAACUAGCAUGACAGAACCCGGGAAAUUUGCAAAUGAUCGGCUGGCGGAAAACGUCGAUAUUCCAGCACCUGCAAAGGAUGAAUCGAUGUCAUUGAAAUUACGAGCUGAAGUUUUUCCUGAGAUUAUACAGAAGAACGAACCUCUAUCAGGGGAUCCUAGAGAUAGCUUCUGUGUUGCUGAAGAGCCCAUGCAAACGGAAGUUAUUCCAACAGUUGGUGUAAAGGAAUUGCUUUCAGUUCAACAAGAACCUGAAUUAAACUCAAUUCUUCCAGUUCCUCAUGCAAGUGAAUCGAAGCAAACAAAUCUUACAGAAGUUUUGACGGAACAAAACGAAGUAAUUCGAACGAUGGCUGAAAUUUUACCUAAAAUACCGGAUGCAAUACCCGCAGAUAAAAGUGCAGAAGUGAUUCCAGAAAAUGAAUCCUCAGCGGAGGAGAUUGAAGAAACUGCCAAGGAAUCCAUUUUUCCUGCUACAGUUGCUGUAAAAGAAUUGCCUUUAGUUCAACAAGAACCUAAAUUAAACUCAAUUCCUCCGGUUCCGCAUACAAGUGAGUUGAAUCAGACGGAGCUUAAAGAAGUUUUGACGGAACAACUGCCGGAAAAAGAAAUAAAUCCAACCACCGCUGAAAUGUUGCCAAGCAUACAAGAUGCAAUUCCCUCCGACAAAAUUUCUGAGGUUAAUCCUGAAAAUGAACUCUCUGCGGAGAAGUUUGAAGGGAAUACCGAGGAAUCCAUUUUGCCUGCUACUGUUGCUGUGAAGGAAUUGCCUUUAGUUCAACAAGAACCUGAAUUAAACUCAAUUCCUCCGGUUCCGCAUUCAACUGAGUUGAAUCAGACGGAGCUUAAAGAAGUUUUGACGGAACAACUGCCGGAAAAAGAAAUAAAUCCAACCACCGCUGAAAUGUUGCCAAGCAUACAAGAUGCAAUUCCCUCCGACGAAAUUUCUGAGGUUAAUCCUGAAAAUGAACCCUCUGCGGAGAAGUUUGAAGAAAAUACCGAGGAAUCCAUUUUGCCUGCUACUGUUGCUGUGAAGGAAUUGCCUUUAGUUCAACAGGAACCUGAAUUAAAUUCAAUUCCUCCGGUUCCGGGUACAAGUGAGUUGAAUCAGACAGAACUCAAAGAAGUUUUGACGGAACAGUUGCUGGGAAAAGAAAUCAUUCCGGCGACAGUUGAAAAUUUGCCGCCAAUUCAAGAUGCAAUUCCGUCAGACAAAAUUUCCGAUGAACCCUCAUUGGAAGUGCUUGAAAGGAAUGCCAAGGAAUCCAUUUUGCCCGCUCUAGUUCCUGUAAAGGAGUUGCCUUUAGUUCAACAAGAACCUGAAGUCAACUCAAUUCUUCCGCAAGCAAGUGAAUUGAAGCAGACAGAGUUUAAAGAAGUUUUGACGGAACAGGAACUGGUGGGAAAAGAAAUAAUUCCGAUGAAAGAAGAUAUUUUGCCUAAAAUAGAAGAUACAGUUCCGUCAGACAAAACUUCUGAUGUCAUUCCUGAAACUGAACCCUCAUCAGAGGAGAUUGAUGGUAAUGCCAAGGAAUCCAUCUUGGUCGAAGAAAAGCAAAAAAUUCCUUUAUUUACUCAGAAGGACGAGUGUCCCGCUCCGGAGGUUCCAACAAAUGCAAAACUUGAGAAAAGUGACCAGACUACGAUUGAACCUAAAAUCACUGGCCUAGAUGCUAAGGAAGAGUUGCUUCCAGUGGUCCAACAACAACUUGAACCUAUCCCCACUCCAGAAAAUUUAAACAAGAAACUUUCAAUUUCGUUACCAGAAGAAAAGGUUGAGAAUCUAGCGGUAGCCGACAAAUUAAUAGCAAGCCCCAAGACUUCAGUGACCGAUGUAAAGGAAGAAGUUUCAGAAGCUAAACUCGCAAUGCAUGUGAAGGAAGACCAAGAAAUGAUGCCCGUGUCCAAAGUUCUUCAUUCAAAUCCUUGCGAACUAGUGUCCAAAUUAUCUACGUCUCCCGAGACGACACAAAGUGUUGAAGCGAAGCCACCGCCAAACGAAACCGAAAAAUCUUCUAAUUUGAAUCAAUUGACGUUUGACUUCGAUGCCUCAACUCCGGUAGCAAUAAUUUUACCACCUUCGAAGGAUCAAGAUGCCUCUGCAAAGCGUCGUGGUCGGAAACGAGGGAGGUUCAGUCUUGGAGGUAACGACGACAGCGGAAAAGAGAACGACGCACAGCCGACUGUUUUGCGACAAAGUUCACGGAUUGCCAAAUUACGAGAGAAAGAAGAUGAAGACCGGAGGAAAGAGGAAGCGGAUCGAUUGCAACGGUUAAAAGAAGAACACGAACGUCGUGAGAAAAGAAGAUCGGAACGCGACGAGCGAAUGAAGAAGAUGGAAGAGAAACAACAGCGUCGUCAAUUGAAAACUACCAACAGAGAAGACGUGACGUACAAGGAGAGCGAAGAUGAAUCUUCUAGUUCAGAUGAGGAAAAGAAUUCUGAAGAGGAAGGUCGUAAGAAAAAAGACAAGAAAGAAAAGCGAAGGAAAGGGAAGAAGAAGAUUGAUCGACCUUGGGAUUCCACAGAUUCGAGUGAAAAAAGCAGUGAAAGUGAUUUAGAUGCCUUGGAAGACCUACAGGUCGAACAGGAGAACGAAGAGCUUGAAUUCAAAUCCGAUCACGAAUUCUCACCUGAAUCAGACUUGGAUGAAGAAGCAGAAACUGUUCAGCCAACCAAACACGCUAGGACAGCGAAAGCUGGUGCUGUUCCCAAAAAGAGAAGCAGAUCGAAGAAGGCUAAGGUGGAGGAAGAAGAAGUGAUAGAAGAAGAAGUCGCCGGAACGGAGGAAGAAGAGGAAGAAGAGGAGGCUGCCAAUUGUCACAAAUGUGGGCAAUCUGAUCAUCCCGAAUGGAUUUUGCUCUGCGAUCGUUGCGAUGCUGGUUGGCACGCCAACUGCGUCAAACCACCGCUACUGGUCAUUCCCGAAGGCAACUGGUUUUGCCCGCCUUGCGAUCACGCAACCUUGAUGGAGCGUUUGCAAGAAAGACUAGAAGCCUACGAAUUCUUGUUGCAAGAGAAGGAAGCAGAACUUGAGCGGAGGAAAGAACAGGAGUUGGAGGCCAAACUGGCCAAAGAAGAAGCGGAGAAACAGGCGCAGCUAGAAAUGGAAGAAGAAGCUCAGGAAGACGACGACGAAGAUGAAAAGAAUAGCGGCGUCGGAGAUUUGGGUGCCGAUGGCGAGGAUGUGGAUGACGAAGAAACGUCCGACGAGAGUGGCGAAGAUGAAGAAGAAGAGGAAGAAGACAGCCAGAACGAGAGUGAUGAAAAUCUCAACGGAAGGAGACAGCGUAAGGCCGCCAAGCAGGCCAACUAUUCAUUCAAGGAUUUUGAUGAUAUGAUCAAAUCCGCUUUGAGGGACGAAGGUGACGAGGAAGAAGAAGAAGGUGGCAAGGGCAAAGGCAAAGGCAAAGGUUUGAGAUCCGGCGUCGAUGAUAAUAGCGACGACGGCAAGGAUAAGCCUCGAUCCCCACCGGGCACCCGUCCGUCAGGCAUCGGCAAUAAACGAAUCUCGACCAGCGACGACGAUAGCGACAUUAUGCCGCAAGUGACACGCAAGAAGAAGGCCCGCAAACUGAACGACUUGAGCGCCACGAGCAAUGAAGACGAUUCGGAUGAAGAUUUCCAGGGCUCGUCCGCCGAGGGCUCAGACAGUGAAGAUGACGAUGAAGAUGCCAGUGACAGCGGUGACAGCUUUGUGGUCGACGAUGAUAGUGACGACGACGAUGUCAUCCACGUCAGGGCUAAAAAGAAGGCCAGAGCAGCGUCUCCCAUUAUCCGGCGCUCGGCAAGAAGCGCCCGCAAAAGGAAUUUAAGAAUGGAUAGCAGCGAUACGAGUGAGGAAGAGAGCGAGUACGAAGAGAAACCUACCAAACGGAAACGAGGCAAUGAAUCUUGGGACUCAUCCGGAGAGUCGAGCAGUGACGCCUCCUGGGGCAGAUCGAAAAAGCGGAGUGCGGCCAAAAGUAAAGCGAAACCGGUGGCAGCCACCCCUAAACCCAAGCCCAAACCACCGCCGCGUAAAGCGCCCGCCAAUCGAGGCAGAGGCCGUGGAGGACGAUCCAACAAAGUCGAGUCGGACGACGAACCCUUCCGCUCGAAUGUCAGCGCGAAGAAGAUCAAGGAAGCGCGGCCGGUGAAGGCCCAGGAAGACGACGACGAAAGCGACCACGCCCAGCGACGCACUACUCGCGGACGGCAGAUCAGUUAUAAAGAGUUAAUCAGUUCCGGUGAGAGCCAGGACGAAGGUGGCAGUACCGUGAAAAAAAUGGGCACGCUAUUUGCAGCUGACCGGAACAAAAGCAUGGCCGGCGCAGUCAUUAGAGGAGGAGCCAGCCGAAGAGGGGGAGUAGGUCGUGGAGGAGUCAUAACGUCGGGUCGUGGCAGUAUCUCUGGCGGUGAUACUACACCUGUGCCUGUCAGUGUCAUCUCCUCACGGUUGGGCGCCGUUCUCAAACAAGAUGAUGAGUCUCGACUCUCCGGAUCGACCGAUACAAUCGAAUUCAGUGCUGCCGCUGCCUCCGCUGCAGCUGCUGCUUCCGUUUACACGACCGGAGACGAGAGUCUCACCUCCAAUGACAUUCUGACGCCGAGUAUAGAUCCCGAUUUGGCCACCUUGCCUAUUAUUCUACCUCAGGAAGACGUUGCCAGUCCUUUGAUCAAAGACGAGCUUCCAGCCGCCGCCUCCAUCCCUGUUUUGUCGCAAGACCUUCAAGUCUCGAGAUUGAUUCAACAGAUGCCAGCAGAUGUUCCGCCGCCGCCAACGUUACCCCCCGACUUGCAAAUCAACCGCCUGAUCAAUUCUCAAUCCAUUUCGAGCAGCAGCAACAGUCCGGCGAGGCAAAGUCCAGGAAUUCUUCCGCAGCCGAGGCUCGUUCGAGACGUUUUGGACAGCCAAACACCACCACCUGCCGUCCAGUUGCCUCCGAUAGUGGUGCCGCCGCUCACUCAGCCGCAAAUCAUCGCACCCAGCGUCGAGUUGCCGCCACUCUACAGCCAUGGCGGAGUCAUCAAGCAGACGCGACAUUCUCUGCCGCCAACGCCGCCAAUGUAUUCCAGUCCUCACGUCGUCAAAACGAGCGAUUUGAUUGCGUCUUCGACUCCACCGUCUGUCAUUCGGCCUUAUCCGACGACUGUGACGUCGUCGUCAUUGAGCCCAAGCAUCAGCGGAAUCUCAACACCUGGUAACCCUCUCAGUAUUCAAGGACUCCUGGGCACAGGUCACGGCUCUCCCGGCUCGAUCCCUUCGGUUCCGCCGUCUUCGCAUCCCAUCCGGCCGUACGGCAAUACGCCUCAUAUGAUAGGCCACGGACCUUUCCUCAAUCACACGCCUUAUGCGAAUCCUUACAGUGCGGCGCCGCCUUCCAGGACCAGCUAUAUGGGCACGCCGGUUACGCCCACUCCUCGCCAGGCCUACCCGCCCAUGUACUCGUCAUCACACCUGCCACCGCACAGCCUGCCUCUGCAUUCGCCCUAUCAACACCACGGCCCACCUUUGAGGCCGACGUCCAGCUACCAGCACGCGGGAUUCCCGCAGGCCUUUGCCGCCGCCGCUGCAGCGGCCGCCAAUGCGGAAGAGGAGCGUAGAAUUUACAGAGUGGCAGCUCAGGCGUCUCGGGAAUCUGGGGCUGACAAUUUCGAUCCGGCGCCUAGCGUCGGGCUGUUGACUAAAAGCGGCGCCGACGACCCUACUCCCGCCGCCACCGCAGUGCCUCCUGAAAGCGAAUUUGGUGGACUGGUGUCGUACUUUUCAAGCCAGCAAGAAGAUUUCGAAGAAUCUUGAAUUCACUACUCAUCGACAGCCGGACCGGACUUGCCAGCUUAUCAAAUUUUCAUUCUUUCCUUAAGCUCUAACAGCUCUCCUUUUUUUUUAUUAUUAUUAUUUCUCUGAUUUCUUUUUUCAAUUAUGUGCUAUAUCCCGCGCCAUUUUUUUUUUGUUCCUUUUAAAUCGGCAACUUCUACUUCUUUAUAACAUAUGAGACAAAAUCGAUAUUUACUCGCAUUUGCUUUGAUAAUUUUCACAGAAGAAUGCUAUUAUUUAUAGCCAGGUUUCUUUUUUUAUGUCUUAUUUAUUGAUUUCGCACAAGAAGAAGGGGCAUUUCUUUCUUCUGUUUCCUUUAUGAUUAUGGCCCGGCUUGUUUUUUGUUUUAAAAGAGAAAACAAUUCGCGCUCCUUCGAUUCUGUUCUUUUAUUUUCCCUCCUCUUCAUUUUUUUUUUUCUGUCUAUUUUGCGUGGAGAAUCUUGUUAGACCUAUGGAAACAUGUGCUUGUACAGUUCAUCCUAUUGGAAAACAAACGAAAAAAAAAAAAAAAAACCCGGAGCAGAAGGAAUACCAAUCAUAUGCAAAUA